AUGUUCGACCAACUGGUGCUGGGAGCCAUUUUUACCGGCCUCAGUAGCAUUGGCCUCUGGCAUUCGAUUCCAUUGACCGGAGUCAACCCUUCCAACUCGUUCUUUUGGCGGACUGUCAGCUCUUUCGAAAUUGUAUAUUCCAUUCACAACUUGCGCAAAAUACACCCUUUGAUUUUCCCCGAUCACGACGCAAUCCCAGAGCACGACCUCCUUCUGCAAUUUUCACUUGAUGCUCAACAGUACGAGAAUGCCAGGCUGGCCCUGGAAAACUCGGCCAAGGUAGCAUCACUACACAUCGACAACCCAGGAGUUACAACGCCCAUGUUAGACCUGAGUGCUACAGCGAUGCCAGCCUCGUUCUAUCUGAACAACACCUCGGCAACGCAGCUCAGCCACCAACAACUGCAGCAGCCCCACCUAGUCGAGACUAACACGCCGUAUUGCACUAUCAUGGCUAUGCUCGUUUUUGUUAUUCUAACAAUGCAAACAAUGGGUUUUGGGAUAGCGAGUAACAUCAAGCACAACGUCGAGGAUUUGCAAUACGAUUAUAUGAACCGAAUGAGCGCCGUGCAAGAACAAUUCCGUAUCUUGAUGUUAGAGGUCCGACAGCUUCGAAGAGAAAAUGAACAAGUACGACCUGUUUUCGUUCACCUGGCAGAGUCCAUCACAAACUCCUCGGCCGACCUCCAACAUUGUCUGUUGCAUAUUGUUGGUGUGAUGGAAAGCAAAUACACGUCCGGCAUGAUUGACAUUGAGUCCAAAUUGGACGAGGUCAGUCAACAACACCAGAAUUUGAUGAAAAAUACUGAAAGUUUCCCUCAGAUUCCGAGACAGCUGGCUUGGCUUAAUAUAUUGAUGGCGAAGAACAUGUCCAGCGAUAUACCCGAAGGAUUGGACCCGCCCGAUGUGGAUUUAAGCAAGAGCCCUACCCCCGAGCAGAUGAGUCGAGGUUACAAUCGCAACACCGUAGGAAAAUCCAACGGAAUUCCCAGAUUCGUGGGAAAUCAGGGUGUUAAGAAGGGAAAAGGACAUCAGUCCAAUGAUCAGGACUAG